CUAGUAUGAUGCGUCAGUAUUAUAUUCAAUAAUUGUGCAAUAUUUUAUGAUUAUAUCUUACUUCUAGAGUUUAGUGUAAAAUUGUAAAUUUUAGCAUUAAGGAAUAAUGUCUGAUAGUUUUCAAAAUAAAGUAGUUUUGGUAACUGGUGCUUCUAGUGGAUUUGGAAAAGCUAUCGCUCUUCAAUUUGCAGAGCGUGGUGCAUUGUUGGCAUUGACAGGAAGAAAUAAGGUGAAUUUGGAAAAAGUUGCGACGGAAUGUAAAAAUAAAGCAGCAAAAGAUGUUUUGAUGACAUUGGCAGAUUUAGGAAAAUUAGAAGAAAUUAAAAACGUUGCGGAAAAAACUAUCGAAAAAUAUGGGAAACUUGACGUUUUAGUCAACAAUGCCGGUGUUAUACAAUUUGGAAAUCUGGAAAAUUCCAAGUUAGAAGAUCUGGAUUGGCAAUUAAACAUCAAUGUUAAAGCCGUCGUCUAUUUGACACAAUUAUUAAUUCCUCAUUUAGUAAUAUCUAAAGGAAACAUCGUAAAUAUCUCUAGCGUUAGCAGUACAAUGCAGUUUCCUCAAGCCUUGUUUUAUGGGUUGACAAAAUCUGCUUUGGACCAAUUCACGAAAACGAUUGCUCUUGAGUACGCUCCUAAAGGUGUUCGAGUCAAUUCUGUGAAUCCGUCUAUAGUACCAACAGCUCUCCUUCGAACUGUACCUGGUGGGAUUCCCGAUGACGCAACUUUUGAAAAGAUUUCCUCACUUCAUCCUAUUGGUAGAAAUGGAACAGUGGAUGAAGUAGCCAGUGCUGUGUUGUUUUUGGCAUCUGAUUCGUCAGCUUGGACCACUGGGCAAUGUUUAAUGCUCGACGGAGCAAGAUCACUCAAUGUAAAAUAAGUGCACCAAUCAAGUCCUUGCAUCUGGAAAAAACUGGCUAAUACCUAUAUCUUAAAAUUGAUUCAAAACGUAUUGCCUGAUUUUACAUCGUGUCUUUAUUUUAUUG